CAGGACAAGUAAGUGUAUGGACACAUUGACACACGCGCACACACACACACACACAUGCUCGAUACAGACAGGUACAUGACAAAUACCCUACCCUGUCUGUGUAUGAUGUGUCGGCCUCCCCCAAGCCCCUCACUAUCUUCGUGUGGAGAAAAGGUCUCAACCGUCAGCUGUGGUGGCCGACGAGCUUGUCCCAGCAUCACCACACAGUCACCACUUUCCGCCACAUCCAUCCGACUCGAGGAGACCGCGAAGUGAGCAACUGUGUGGUGAUGAUGGGACAAACCAGCGUCAAGUCUCACUUCUCUCUCGCUACACCCAUCCAUCCAAGCUUGCCUCUAUCGUGCUGUGUGCGCCAAACUGCCUGCCGCAUCCACAUACACCUACUCGAUAUCACUUCUGCACACCGCCUGGCCGUCUGUGUCACCAUGUCUGUCUGUCUCCAUUCAUUCAUUUCAUUCUUCAUUCACUUGUUGGCCUGAUAUGGUUCAGUCAGUAUCAGCCGUCCACCCUCUCCGCUCGCUCCUCGGCUGCUCGUCUCCCCCCUCCCCACCUCCCGCCUCGCGCAUGGACGGGAACGCCCUGCUCUCCUCAGCACGAGAAAUCCUCAUGUCCAGCCGAACGCCCUCCUGCAAGCAUCACACACGGGCAGCAGUCAACCACACCCACACCAGUGAGUGACAGACACAUACACACGGACACAGAUGAGCACCGGACAGCGCACCUCACCUGUAUCUGUGGCAGCGGGCUGCCCGUCGGCAAAGACAUGUCGGGCUCCCUGUCCCUGUCCCUCUCAGCCCCAGUGUCGCCGCCAGGUACGCCUUCCUGCUGCUGCUGUGGCGGCCUGUAGUAGUGGUUCUGGUCUGGAUUUCCCUGUGUCACCGACAAGGUGCGAUAAAGACCAGCGGGCGACAGAAACGGCUGACUGGCCAUGGUGUCCUCCGGCGACGGUCCUUCCCUGAACCCCAGCUGCCCCAGCCCCCUCCCUGGCGACAGGGGUGGCUCAGGCAGCGGCAGCCCCUCGUUGUCCGUCAGGGACUCCUCGUCGCCCUCAAUGGUGGUCGCCCGAACAUGCUGCGCCGCAUACGAGGCGGCAGAUGUGACCGACCCGAUCGCCUGAAGCACCUCGGGCGUAACAAUGGGGCCCAGGCCGGCGUGAGCCACCUCGUCAGUGAGGGAAGACACCGAGACCUCCGAAAGAUACGAGGCGCUGGACAUGUGUGAGUUGGCGGCAGCGGACCGCUCGGAUCCCUCGCUCAGGACGCGGUAGAGGCGCGAGGGUGGGACGUAGUUAUCGACGUUGACGAGAUCACUGAGGACCAAUGGCGCCUGGGGGGAGCGGGAUGGCCCGCUGCUCUCCAGAAGGGGAGCCUCCAAGACGUGAACUGACGGCGGGGUGCUGCGUGCGGCGAUCAGCUUGGCAAAGGGCCGGCGGACCACAAGCAUGAUUGCCAUGAAGGAGAGGUAGAUGAAGGACUGGAGGGUGCAGGCGCUUGAGAAGCCGAAGUUGGCGUCGAACACGCCGCCAAUGACGGGACCUAGACCCUCUCCCAGCGACAUGGCCGACACGCACAGGGCCACCAAAAGCUCCUUUGCUUCUCCACCCAGGUGCUUGGCGUCUUCCUGCAGCCAGCCAUCCAUUUAUUCACACAUGCAGACUGGCAUCAACACAGGCGGAUGGUCCUCCCUCCCUCCCUCCUCCCUGUGCCCCUCCCUCCUUACUAACCGCCAUCCAUGGUAUCGCCGGCACGAAUGAGAGUGCCUCGCCCCAGGGGAUGAGUGUCAGCGACGCCACCAGACACACCCAUGCACCGACUGAUUGAUCAGCACACACACACACACACACACACGACAGAUGCACUCGCUGUGCACGCAGGCAGCACUCAUGUAUGUCUGCAGCGCAUGUACUCGAAUGGUCGCCGAUGCCCAUUUUGAGGAGGAGCCAGCAGGGGCCGAGGAGGAGGUAGCCCACGACCAGGGAGAGGAAGCCCAGAGAUUCCACAACGCCGUAAGCGGGCCAACUGUUGGUCCACUUGCCAACCAAAACGGCGGCGAACGUGUAGUUGCACGGAUUUAUCGCAGUGAUGGCGCCGAUGGCCGCAUCGGGCAGAGGGCCUGAAGGAUGCCACAAACAAGAUGCGCACACACCAACGACACACAUGAGCAAAGCAAAGAGGGGCACCGCACGUGAGCGGGCACUGUUGCCUGUCGCCUCACCGAAGAAGACAUUGAGCCUUGGGGCGAGGAUUGGGUCUGACACAGCACAGCAGAGCACAGCACAGCACAGCACAGCAAGGGCACGGCACAGCACAUGCACACUCCAUACCAUCCAAAUCCCUAACCCACCCACCGUAGAAGCUAUAGCAGGUGACCGUCAGCGCCACCCCGGCCAGCGUGAGCAGCGUCUGGGGACACUCUCGCAGCACACCGAUGUACCCAAUCUGUCGCAGCGGGUUCCUUUGCCCAUGCCUCUCAUCUCCACCAACACCAGCCCUCUCCCUCCCCGCUGCCGCCCUCCUGGGCUGUGGAGCGCCACCGUGGCGCUGCACCGGCGAAUUCUCGCCUUCACUCGGCCCUCCCUCGCCCCUCCUAGCCCCACGACCGAAACGAGGAAACCGUUUCCGCGGUGUGUGGUCAUCCUCUGCUGGUUUGGGCUCCAGUGAUGCGAUGUAGCCCGUCUUGGUCUCGUCAGCUCCCACGUCGUAGGGCGUGCCCUUCCACUCGUAUGAUGGUGUGACGUCGGGGGUGGGGUACUGCUCAACUGCUGCCGUGUCCUUAUGCUUGGCGUCUGUCGUCUGGUCGGCGAUUGGCUGGACGGACGCGGCAGAGCUGGAGGGGUGCAGGGGGGCGCGCUUGAGAAGGAGGGUAGCGUACGCCGCGCUCAUGACCAACAAGGCAGCCUGCGCCAGGAAUGGGCAGGGGAAUCCACCGAUCUGAUAGAGGAACCCCCCAAUACAGCGGCCGGUCAGGCAACCUGUGCCCAGGACCGUCUCUGAGCAGACAGAGAAAACAGACAGACCACCAAAGGCACAAGACGAUUGAACUCCACAACAUAUAUCCACAACAUACAUCCACCCUUCCACAUGCCAUGCGCGUACCAACAAUGCCGAUGGUCCAGGCCAGAUUGUGCGGGAAAUGUCGCGCAAGCAGUGUGAAUGUCGCCGACGUGAAGAGGCUGCACAUCGCUCCCAGAACGGCUCGCAGCACCAGGAUUGCAGCAAAGGUGCGAAAGAGCGCCAGAAGGACAUCUGCGGUGGCCUGACAGACACAUCGCCAGAAGAACGACAACAGAGUGUCGGUCGCAGGAGGAAGGUCGGAUGGCCAUACAUACCAUGGCAAGCAGGCUGCCGCCGAGGCACAGCACCGCGCCGAAUCUCAGGACGACGAUGCCCGCAGCGGGGGCAGCCACGAAGCCACACAAGGGAAAGAUCCCGAACAAGAUGCCUGCAGGGAAACAGACAGGGCGAUGCGACCAAGAUGCAUCACAUCCAUCAACGGAGGCUCUCGCUGCGCCCGCCGGUUUUGUCCGUCUGGUAUGCUAACCCAUUCCGGCCCCACUGAUGCCCCUGCCGGCAAGGUAGUUGGCCAAGAAAGGAGCGGGCAGAGUCUUCUGCGAGUACACCCAGAAGAUCUGAACAUAGACAUUCAUCCAUCCAUCAUGCCAUUAGAAAGAACAACGCUACCACCCCAUGACGGGCUUCUUCUGCCCUGACUGACUGUCCCCAGAGGCAGGCUUACGGCGAAGUUGAGAGCUAAGAGGAGGGCGAUGCUGCCUUCCUGUGUCUUUGCUGCUGGGGCGGCGGCCUUGCUGUCUUUGCUGGCGGCCCUCGUGAGGUCCAGAGUGCACUCAUUGACCUCCAACACACUGAUGUCCCGUGAGUGGUAGCCCAGCAGAGGAGCUUCAAAUUCUUCAUUCUUCUCCAUUCUUCGCUUAUCCCCAGCUGCCAGAUCCCCCUCCAUCACAUCUCUGGGAGUCAGGCGAUGGGCGAGGGGCGCAUG